CAUGAUGCUGGGGAAGACGGCGGCACUCCAAUUCCAGGCUCCGUAGAAGCGGUGAAAAGGCUAAAGGCGUCGGAUCUGCAGCUGCGUUUCUGUACCAACGAGACCCAGGCCACACGGGAGGAGUUUGUAGCCAAGCUGCAGAGGAUGGGCUUUGAUAUCUCGGUGUCUGAGGUGUUCUCCCCAGCCCCGGCUGCCGUGGCUGUCCUGAAGGAGAGGGGGCUACGACCCCACCUACUGGUCUAUGAUGGUGUUGUCCCUGAGUUUGACAGUGUUGAGAAGGCCAACCCAAACUGUGUUGUCAUAGGAGACGCAGCAGAGAAGUUCUCCUACCAGAACCUCAAACGAUGCCUUCAGAGUUCUCAUAGGGCUGGAAAAACCAGUGCUGUUCUCUCUGGGCAGAGGGAAGUACGUGGUCCUCUGUAGCUCAGCUGGUAGAGCACGGCGCUUGUAACGCCAAGGUAGUGGGUUCGAUCCCCAGGACCACCCAUAGACAAAAAUGUAUGCACGCAUGACUGUAAGUCGCUUUGGAUAAAAGCGUUUGCUAAAUGGCAUAUUACUACAAAGAGGAUGACGGCUUGAAACUGGAUGUUGGGGUUUACGUGAAGGCACUGGAGUAUGCCUGUGAUAUAGAAGCUGAGGUCAUUGGGAAGCCAGACCCCAUGUUCUUUCAGAAAGUUCUAGAUGACAUGGGGAUUCAGUCACACCAGACUCUGAUGAUUGGUGAA